GCAUAGUUUUUGUGGGUGGUAGAGAAAUGAGAUUGCUAACUUACAACUUUUUACAGUGUCCAAAGACCAAAACUUUUCCGUUAAUAUUGGAACCUACACAAGUAGAAACUAUAGAAACUGAAUAUAAUAAGGAAUUCAUCCUACGCAUGAUACCUAGAUUGGAUUGGAACCUGGUUCGACAAGUUAGUAGACAGUUUGCGUUUGGUGAACUACCACAAGUAGCUCCCAAAGAAAGCACAGAAGAUGAAGAAACUUUCCGAUUACUUCAUAAAAUGUUAUUGGAGACUCAUAUCAAGGAAGGAGUGCUGAAAAGUCAAGAUGGAACUAUCUAUCCCAUAAAAGAUGGUAUUCCUAAUAUGCUCAUAACACAAGUAAACGAUGAGUGAGCAAGCCGUUGUUUAUUUCUUC